AUGUCGCUCCACGGCCACCUUUUGGAAGACGCCAAGCAGGAUUUGAGGCAGGUGGAGAGAGAGAUGCAGAGGCAGAUGAGGCUGCUGGGGCUGGACCUGCAGCAGUUCCGCGAGGAGCUGCCUGUGUCCUGCCCACGCAGCCUGGCACUGCGCCCUUGCUGCCUGCACCGGCCCGACCUCCGCCACUGGGAGAGAAUGGUCCACACCAGGAGGCUGGAUGUGGAGAGAGAACUGGGCAGAAUGCAAAGAAGACUUAACAGGAUGCUGCACCCUUCCCAUGAUCACAGGCUUUUGUCUUUGAUGGAUAUGACGGCUUUUGACCCCAAGGAAGUCACUGUAACGGUGAAAGAUGGGAAGGUGACGGUGUUAGCAGAGCACGAGGAGGAGUACACCACCACGAGAGGGAAGGAAUAUAACUACAGAAACAUCACGAAGGAAAUCAGCCUGCUGCCAGGGGUGGGCGAGGACGAGGUGACCUACUCGCUGGGACCAAAUAGCAUCAUGAAGAUCGAAACGGCACACAAGUGCUACCCUUGUCUCCUGAGCCGCUGA